GCCCGAUUACUUCUUUUAAGUGGACAGCUAGCCGCCGUGUAUUCGAAUGCAAGUCGAAGUAGCGAUUGCAGUAAUUGGAGCAGCUGGGGUCCAUGUAUAUGGCCUGAUAGCAAACACGAUGUGCCGUAUCUUCAACAGAUAUCACCCGUGUGUCAGAUGCACUGGUUCUACAUGUUCGUGAAGCGAUACAACACCGCGCUGAACAACUUCUACAACUACAUGCAGUUCGUAUUGCGUUCAGGAAAACCUUGUGGUCUGUGUUCGUAUAAACAAAGCUGUGGAUAUGGAGGCAGUAAAAAGUGCAAUACCAGCCCUUUUACAAUCGACGGUGGUCGUCCUGUUAUACCGUUCUAUGUGGCCGAAAGGGUAUGUUCAGCUUUGGAUUUAGGAGGAGAAAGCCAAGUGGAUUCCUGUGAAGUGGACUAUGAACAGCUCAAAGAAAACGGAGGCGAAUGCCGUCUAUGGCCUUCACCUCGUGUCGAUUUAUCAACGAUUGAGCCAGUGUUCCGUAAGCACAUCGAUUCACUCAAGUGGUACUCCUGUUUGCCACAGACGAAGACCAUCAGAAAUGGUGGCCGCAUAGUGAAGGAAAAAGUAUGUCGUUGCUGUUGCUUCCCAUUUCAACCGAAUCCUCUCACUUAUCGAUGUGAGCACAUCUAUGGAGCACCGCCAGCUCCAGGACAGGAAUUUCUCAAAAAGGAGUUAGCCGAGUAG